AAUGGUUACCAGGAGCUGAAGGAACUGUUGCCAGCUUCGUUCUACACAGUUGGCUGUAAGACGACGAAUGCGGCGAUUCUGUUUCGCGCUGCUGACUAUCUGAAUCAGUUGAAAACGGAAGAACAAAGUGCACAGGAAUCACUCUCACAACUGGUCGCUCAGGUUUCUGCGCUUGAGCUAAUUGCCCAACAAUAUGAGCAUAUGGCCGUAAGCAGUACUGCUUCUAACAAGUCUUCCAUUCAGUGUCAAAUUGUACGUCAUUCUUAUAUAUUAUGCUUUUUAUACAUUUAG